AGCUCCUGUAGUAAGUCCGGUGAAGAUUCUAGAAAAGAGUACCUUGUCUUCAAGAUCGAUCCAGCUCUAUCCGAGCAGUUUCUCGGGCCACGAUCAAAAGGAAAAGAACCUGCAAUAUCGAGAAGCGGACCGAGGAGCCAUACGACCAGAAGCCUCUACCUCCUUCCACGAUCAUGAUGUGGCCCAAGAUUUAUAGAAUCGCUUUCCACCACGUCGCUUUGGUUUUCCUUUUCCUGUACCUACACCUUCCAGGCGUCGUUUUGUUUACCUCCGCUCGUCUCUACCAAGUCGGCGACCAGGUCUUCUACUUUCACCGGGAGUACAGAAACAAAGACGACUAUGCAAGGAAAAUACUGUGUAAGUGUGACUCUGAAAUGCAGAACAUGCAACAGAGUUACGCCUGUCGUGCCAGGCAGCUAUGGAGUUCUCUUUUCAUGUGUGUUGUCGCUUACAAGCCACGCAUGACAGGUUUUCCAUGUAGCGCAAAUUUGUAAUGCUGUUGUCAGCCAAAGAUAGUUACGCAGUUUUUUUCUUGUAUAACGGCCAAUCUGCCUAUGCCGCCGUGCUCGACCGGUCCUUCGGGAUUUACCGCCUAUCAAAUGCAAAAAUGUCUUGGUCUGGAAGGAUGCAACUUGUGAUGCUACCUCUGGACUCUACAUAAAAUCUGUAUUGCAUGAACAGCAAAAGAUAUGCAUUUUGUGCUACGCGGAGAGGGGAUUUCUCAUGCGGUAUGAGCAUCAGAAAGCCCUCGCAAGAUCUCUGAUGCUAGGGCAACAUGCAUCACAGACCUCAUGGGCCAUGCAAAAUCUGCAUGGCAAACUCCUGCACUCUUCCAGGCCCAGACAUUUUUGCAAUCCAUACCGCCCAAGGAUGGGGAAGACCGAGGGGUGGAUGCCGGGCGAGAUAGUCUCCGCGCAUAAAGAAAUAUCAAGCGGCUCCGCUGUACCAUCCGCAGGAAAUAAUUUACCGACGUACUUCUACACUCGGUGCAAUUACUUUUUUAUGCAUGAAAAAACUAUUUCGCGCAUCUCUUUUUCAGCAUGACAAGUUGCAUGUUUUGAGCUGGAUUUUUCAGUUUUAGAUACUUUUUUGCUGUUUUUGCAAGUGCGUUUCGUCCGUGGUCGGUAUUGGUAAGUUUCUCUUCCAUGAUAACGACCCGCCACAAUUGCAGAGAGGACCUACAAAGUGAAAUCCACCUGGCCGGAUUGGGUGGACGCGAAAGGUAUGGAUUGCAAAAGUAUCGUACAAGUAUGAAUUGCAUUACAAAUCGAGGCAGCAUUACAGAUUGAAUUUGUAAUGCGGAUUUGCCUCAAGACCGAGAUUCGUAAUGCAAAAACGCAAUUAGAAGUACGAGUACGAUAUUUUUGCAGCAGAUAAAAGGGGUGUUUUGCUGCGCGGAUGAAGAGUCGAGGCAGCUUAUCCUAUGUAAAAAUGUCUCCACUCCAGAGUUGUCAUGCAGAUCUGCAUGUUAAAAAUGUUUGUCAUGCGGAGCCCCAUGAGAAGUACUUAUUCUCUAGUCGUGUUUUGGAAUUUGUAAUGCUCCAAUCAGCGCGAUAGACUAGAAGCUCUGUGAUGCUGCUGAACGAGCUAAGCAGCAUUACACUACGAGACCAAACUUGUCAUGCGAAACAACCAAAGCUGGUUGAUUUGUCUAGCAGAUCCCCCGUCUUGACUGUGGGGUGGGGACGUUUUUUCUCAGGAUACAGCUCCAUCUUUUCCGGAAAGAUCUGACAGAAAGCGAAAUCAAACCCUCGAUGCCCCCGACAGCGCUCACCAUCCUCGCGUUCCGCUGGGGCGGGAGGUAUGAACUGCAAAAGUAUCGUACUCGUAUAAAUGCUAAUGCAUUACAAAUUUCCUCAGCAUGAGAAACAAAUAAAAUCUGUAAUGCAGAUCUACCUAUAAGAAAAAGAUCUGCAAUGCAUGACUGCAAUACGAGUGCGAUACUUUUGUACAGGAUAGGAGAUACGUGCCUGCGACAAAGGAGUCCGAGUUUCUCGCCACGAGCCCGAACUUUUUGUACCAAUUCACCGAUUUGGGGUUAAAGGAAGUUCUCGGGUCCGAAAAUUACGAAGUUUGGUCGUUUUGGGUCUCCACACCGGACGAGUGCUUCACCUUGGCGAAGUCUUUCCACCUGAUUGUGAACCCGAUCAUGAAACACUCCACCGCGAUUUCGUCUUUACCUGCUGCAUCUAGUGCCUCUAGUACUACGUCGCAUCUGUCGGCAGGCGGAAGGAACAUAGGAGCACCAGCUGCACCAGCAGGAAAAAUUCAUACCGACACGACCGAUAAAAUCGCGAGCAUGUGGCUCUUGCACCCGUCCAGCUUCGAUUUCCUCUCCGAGCCGAUGUACCAAACUGGCUCUGCCUACGGAGCCGGGUACGUGGAGCAUAUGGCGUUCUCAAGCGUUACAUUCUCAACCGUUGCAUGAUUUGCCAUGCAGCAUUGCCUUCAGAAUCGACACCAUCAAGCUGCUUCGCAUGACAAAUUCUCAAAGGGCCAAACAGGCUGAUAAUCGGCGCCAAAUCUGUCAUGCAAGACGCGCAAGAUCCCCCCUAUCACUUUUGCCAUUCUUGCAUCACAAACUCAUGUAACAGUUGAGAAUGUAACAGUUGAGAACGCCAUAGAGCAGGCCCCGAUGUUCGACCUGAUGCGAGCUGCGGAACGGUUUGGGAUUUACACCGCCUUCCCGCACAACGCACUGCUCUACCAACAGCUAGCGGCGAAGUCUUGGACCAGUGGGUUGGCCUUAGACCCGAAGUUUGCAAUCCCGGCCAGUGUGAACUUCCCCCGCGUGUUCGUGAAGAAAGACCCGGCACAAGCGGCAGAAAAAGCGGUGCAAGUGUUGGAGAAGAUAAAGCGGAAACAACAGCGGAACAGCAGAAGGCAUGUGGCUCUGAUAGACGACCUGGGACGAGAGAAGGAAAAGUGUCCGAGUAGCGGCUUCUGGAUGCAGGACGACCUGGAAAUGGAAUCUUCUGCUAUGCAUCAAAACAGAAACAACUACGGUCAAACCCAUAGUACAACAUCAAAAAUCACGAAGGGCGUCGCAAAGCUCGGGUACAGCUGGGAAGCGUUGGAUGUAAAGCUGUGGAACAACGUUAGGGAGCAGAACACCAACACCAGCCGGAAACGCUACUACCCGUUGUCCGUAUGCAUUGCAAAAGUAGCUGCGUAGACUGGUACUAAUCGCAACACAAAUUCGCUCAGCAUGACAGCACAUGAAAUUUGCCAUGCUGAUUUGGCUUGGGAAGGAGAUUUGUCGUGCAUGAUUGCGAUUAGUACGAGCGCGAUAUUCAUUUUGCACAGGAUAGUACUCCGCGUUGAGCGAUUUGUCGGACUCCAUCACCAUUUCGAACCAGUACGUCGGCCAGGCGCAUCUGCUCGACUGGAUCUUGAUUCAGGAGUUCAUCCCGCACGCGGUGGAGUUAUGAACUGCAAAAGUAUCGUAUUCGUAUGAAUGCAUAUACAAAUUUCCUCAGCAUGAGAAAUGAAAUUUGUCAUGCUCAUCUACCUUACGCAGCAGAUUCGUAAUGCAUGACUACGAUUACGACGAGUACGGUACUUUUGCACAGAAUAGGAGUUGCGACUGUACUACCUGAAGAACGAACUGAAGCAAGUGUGGUACACGAGAUUCGAUAAGGUGAAAGCCAACAACGAAUUUGUACGCAAUAAAAAUUUAGGAUUUACAACCGCACCUGUACAAACUGCAUCACAAAUUUCUUUGGCAAUGACCUGAAAGAUGAACAUGAGAACUGCCAGCAUGCUGAUUUUGAUUGGCCAAGAGUUUUGUCAUGCAUCGUUAGCACUUCUUUGUACGUGUGGAGUAAGUUCUUGUUCAAAUUUACUGUGGAUAAUCUGGCGACUUCUACUACAUGGACGAAUCAGUUGCGAUCUCGUAUUUGCGCGGAGACUUGACCGCGUUGAGGCAAGCCACGGAAAAAGCAAAAAUCAUCGCAGAAGACUGGCUAUGCACUGCAAAAGCAUCGUACCUACUACGUAUCAAUCGCAUUACAAAUCAGCUCGGCAUGAAAAAUUAAAUUUGUCAUGCUAAAUUACCCAAGAGGCCACGACUUGUCAUGCUAGUCUGGAAUUUAUACCAGGAAGUGCGAUACUUUUGCACAGGAUACUGGCUCGACUGGUUGAUGACGCAAAGUGGAGAAACGGUCAUUCCGGCGGUCCGAUUCGACUUCUUUGUGCAGUAUUGAAGUAGAUUUUUGGUGUAGUGAACAAGGACCUUAGUUUUUUCGUCAUGCAGGAUGUCCAAUGCAAAUCCAAAUGCUCUAUGAUGUGAUUUUCAUUUUCUCAUGCUAUCUCUCGCAUGACAAAGACAAUAAACUCCAUCCCCACACCAUCAAUAAAGGUACUUCCCAUACGCCAAUGCCGAGUUCAUCGAUGCCAGCGGUAACCAUGAGAUGGUACUAGAUGACGAACAGAACUCCGCAAUAUCCGAGCCGUGGACAACCUACGAAGAAGAACACGACUUGUCCGUGCAGAACACGAAUAACACAAACCACCGAAGGAAAACGAAACAAGACUACGAAAACCUUCCGCAGCGAGGGAGCGUGAAGGUGUUCACUUUGGAGAUUUGCGAGGCGGGGUUUAGCAUUUUUGGAUCGGAGGCGUUGAAAAAGGAGAAAAUGAAAACGAUCGUGCAAAACGCGCUGGACCAGGGAUAG